AUGUCCAUCCACGCCAAUGGCCGUACCCCCUCACAGGCCUUCAGCAAGUCCCCCUUUCGCACCAGAUCCGACCUCCAAGAUGCAUGCUGCGCCAUUCUCGACCCGCUAGUGCCCCUCUUUACACCAGGCGGUACACGGGUCAAAGUAGGCACGUCAACAACACGAUUCGACGAAGGCGGCGCCCAGAUUGAGGGAUACGCCCGCCCGCUAUGGGGUCUAGCGUCGCUACUGGGCGGCGGAUAUGAAUACGCCGAGGCAGAGCGCUGGCGCCAGGGAAUCAUUAACGGGACCGAUCCCGAGCACGCGGAGUUCUGGGGUCAUAUCGAGGAUAUGGACCAGCGAAUGGUGGAGAUGUGUCCGAUCGGAUUUGCGCUUGCUGUUGCGCCGCAUGUGUUUUGGGAUCCGUUGACGGAGAAGCAGAGAGGGAAUGUUGGUGCAUGGUUGGCGAGUAUCAAUGCGCGCGAGAUGCCGAAUACGAAUUGGUUAUGGUUCCGUGUCUUCGCAAACUUGGGACUUAGAAAGAACGGCGCUGAAUAUUCGUUGCCCCGUAUCGAGGCUGAUAUGGACCAUUUGGAUACCUUCCAUGUUGGCGGGGGAUGGAGCAAUGAUGGUCCCAAGAGCCAUCACCAGAUGGACUACUAUUCGGGCUCGUUCGCGAUUCAGUUCUUGCAGCUUCUUUACUCGAAGUUGGCGGGUGACUUUGAUCCUGAGCGUGCUGAGCGCUAUCGCCAACGGGCACGGGAGUUUGCGAAGGAUUUUGUGCAUUAUUUUGAUCCUAACGGCAGCGCCAUACCAUUCGGUCGCUCUAUGACCUACCGAUUCGCCAUGGUUGGAUUCUGGGGAGCAUUAGGCUUUGCAGAUGUCGAGCUUCCGGAGCCAUUGACAUGGGGAGUAGUGAGAGGAAUCCUCCUCCGUCAUUUCCGGUGGUGGUCUACGCAGGAGGAUAUGUUCAACAAUGAUGGUACAUUGAGUCUCGGUUACUCAUACGCCAACAUGUACCUGACAGAGAACUACAAUUCUCCCGGAUCGCCGUACUGGUGCUGUCUCUCAUUCACACCACUGGCCCUACCAGAGGAGCAUCCCUUCUGGUCCGCCCAAGAAGAGCCCUAUCCAAGCUCCUCUCUGCCUGAAGUGAUGGCCCUGAAAUACCCCAAGCAUAUUGCAGUCCGUCGUGGUGGACACUCAUUCCUGCUGUCCUCAGGACAAGCAUGCCACUAUCCCCUCAAAGCGACACAAGCCAAGUACGGCAAGUUUGCGUACAGUUCUGCCUUUGGAUACUCGGUUCCGACGGGUGGGUAUCAGCUGGAGCAGCACGCCCCAGACAGCAUGCUGGCAUUAUCAGAUGAUGGCGGUGAUAUCUGGCAAACUAGACGACUGGCGCUCAAUGCUCGCUUUGAGGAACCCGAGCCCAACGGCCAACCUAUUCUUGUCUCUAGCUGGAAACCGUGGCCAGAUGUCGAUAUAGAGACCAUUCUCAUCCCGCCAACGGAAGAAACCGAGAACUGGCAUCUGCGCGCUCACUGUGUGCGCACCGGUCGCGCUUUACAGACCUCCGAGGGUGCCUUUGCCAUUUAUGGAUGUCGCAGCGAUAACGGCCGUAUGUUAGGGCCUAUGACUGGGGGUGAUUCUGAGGGGACAAUGCAUGGCAGCCAGAGUGGGCUAGUGGUCUCCUCGGCUGGCGCUGUUGGUAUCGUCGAGCUUCAAUCGGACAUCGAGCGGGCUGGUCGGAUUGUCCUGGCGGAUCCGAAUUCUAACAUUAUUCACGGUCGGACUCUAUUGCCCUCGCUCUCGGUAGACCUGGCGGCUGGUCAGGAUUGCUGGUUUGUGUCGGCUAUUUGCGCUGUGCCAGGUCAUCAACGUGACUGGAAGGCUGCUUGGGCGAAGAAGCCUGUUAUUCCAGAGUGGCUCUUGAAGAGAAUAGAAGGCUCGGCUUGA